AUGUCAUCGCUCGUUGGAAACGUUUCCCAGCGGUUGUCGCGCCAUCUCAACUACGUGUUCACCGAAGUCACGCAUGAUUGCAGUGCUAUCCAUGAACUGGCUUCGUCGGAGAAGUGCCAGUUUAUCAAGUCGACAGAAUCGUGCCGUAGCAAUGUGUAUUACUUCGAUUAUACGUAUUUUUUGUACUGCACGAUCGGUGAAGACAACGGCUGGAAGUUUGAUCUGGGAGUUGCGUUACUAACCUUCAUGUUGAUACUUUGUUUCACGAUGCUGGCAACGACUGCUGAUCAGUUCUUCUGCCCGGUACUGGCCGUGAUAGCAAAGACCUUAAGUAUAAGCGAGAGCGUUGCCGGAGUUACGAUCCUGGCAUUCGGUAAUGGAUCACCGGACUUGUUCACGGCGGUCAGCAAUCCCAACGACGAUACGGAGCUUAUGUUUGGCGAACUACUUGGAGCGGGGUUGUUCGUGGUGGGCAUUGUAGCCGGAACGAUCCUAGUGAUCAGACCUUUUCAUGUCUACUCGGCUGCCGUUGUGCGAGAUGUGGUAUUCUUCAUCUUCGCCGUCAGUUGGAUAACGGUUUGUGCCUACGAUGAGCGGUUCACCCUGUCGGAUGCCAUUGUGGUCGUGGUGGUUUACGUACUGUACCUGGUCGUAGUGUUGAUUGAUUUCUUUGUGUUAAGGCAACGGCUACAUGAGGAGGCAUCCCGAAUGUCGCUAGCGGGAGACUUACCAGGAAAUGAUUCCUACUACAAUGAGCUUCGCAGUGAAGCGGAGAUGGUGAUACGCGAACCAAUUAGGGGAUCGGAGCUGGACAUUUCUAAAACGAGGAUAAGCGUCUUCGUGGAUGUCCAUCAUCGGUACCCACCACGGAAUCAUCAUCUGUUUCGAGAUUUUUUCGAACACAUCAAUCCUAUCCAGGGUGAUGAUUGGAGCAAUAGUGGCUGGUUUGGAAGGAUAUUGACUGUGUUGAAGGCUCCGGUGGUGUUCACGUUGCUGCUGUUCAUACCCGUAAUGGAUUAUUCUGCCAUACGCCACGGUUGGUCCAAACUGUUGAACAUUCUGCACUGCUUGACUUUGCCUUUGAUGACGCUGUUCGUUACUGGAUUGCUGUGCACAACUUUCCUAGACUUCCCUGCCUGGGCCUGGUCAUUGAUCUUUUCCUGCAUGAUAAUGGUGGCCUGCUUCUUCACCUCCAGAACGGAUAGACCACCUCCAUAUCACCUAGUGUACGCACUGUUGGCCUUCGUCGGUUCGAUCCAGGUAAUCUACGUCGUUGCCCAAGAAGUGGUCAGUUUGCUAAUGACCCUAGGUCUGGUUUUGGAACUUUCCAAAUCGAUGCUUGGUCUCUCGGUGUUGGCCUGGGGAAACAGUAUAGGUGACUUGUUUUCCAACAUAGCACUCGCAAAGCGUGGAUACGGAAAAAUGGCAUUCGCAGCUUGCUUCGGAGGACCCUUGUUCAAUCUAUGUUUAGGACUUGGUAGCACAAUGAUUGUACGGGCAUCGAAAAAGAAAGACCACGUGGCAUUUUCCCGCGAAGGAGCCAUGGGGGAGAAUUGCGAGUGGUUCCUCGUUCAGCUUCUAGCGACCAUUCUAUUUGUGCUGAUGCUCACCGGAUUUCAGGGACGUCGCAGUCUCGGACUAAUCAUGAUCAUCAUUUACCUAAUGUUUCUACUAUUCUGCACUUUGGGGGAACUUGAAGUGAUAGACCCGUUCGGAAUUGACCGCCGUAAUGAGGGCGAGUUUACGAACUGAUCAAAUCAUAUAUUGGUUGUCCAUGCGCUAAGCGUUAUCUCUUAUUGUAAUUCCUUUUACGCCUUCAGUUAGUUAACGAAAAACGCGCCCAAAAGCUUCCUCGACUCUGUUUUCAUGUUUCGGUCGACAAGCGAGCGAACAGUCGCGGCCCUGUGCGUGUGGACUUUCUGUAUCAAAGGUCACAAUUUGCAGCUUAUCAUCGCGAAUAUCAUUAUUAAGGCUGAGUAGCUGCAGUUCGCUCGAUCAGUCGUGUUAGUCGCGCUUAGUGGACAACGGUGAGAGAAGGUGCGUUUGGAGAACCAGGUUUCUAGUUUUGCGUAAGGAGUGUAGACUGAUUAUCGAAGAAGGUGUUCGAAGUUCAAUGGACUUUCACUGCAUCUAGUUGAUUAUUGUGUAUACCUAGUUGGAAGUCGCCAAUCG